AUAUAUAUAUAUAUAUAUAUAUAUCACCCCUGUAAAUUAUAUUAAGGCUUAAAGUUCUGCAUAAUUAAGGGAGUUACACUUUGAGUGACAAGUGCCCCCCCCCGUCACAGGAUAGCAUAGAGAGGCAAAGUCCCUCCCCUUCCAGUGGACCUCAUGGGAACUUAUUUCGUUAAAAAAUAUGUACGGUAGUGAACAGGGAAAGAUUUUUUUUUUUUUUUACAAGUUUGUCAAUUUAAAGAUCAUUUUGUGAAUCUAGAAAGUCCCAUAGUGGUCUCUCGAAAUGUACGUCACCUUGCUUGCUGCUUGGCUUGCUAGCUAUCUAACUUAGCUGUUCCACAACACAUAAAACCUAAUGUGAUUCAUCCAGUGUCUUUUUAUCGGUCGGGAAGCAAAAGAACAAGCAAGAUCCGUUGCUUGUGCGAGCAACAUAUUACGUACGAAACACAGGCAUCAUAGCUUCAGCGAGACGUCACAACUUUGGAGUGAGUCUUCUACUUCAACAGUUUUCCAACACAUACAAACUUUACUAAAAUAAGGUCCAUGGUGAUCCACCGGAAGGGGAGGGACUUUGCCUGGCAGGAUGUAUAAUAAGAACUGGGUAUGGUGCCACCACUCAGUCUUCAAGCCAAUUUUUCUGGAUAAGAUCAUCAUUACUAACUAGAUGCUCCUGUUCGUUGACAUAUUUUAAACUAUAUAAAUUCUUAUCCAUUUCUUAAAAAAUAAAAAACUUUUUUAAUUCUACCAAAUGACCACCCCAUCCCCUAUAGUAGUCUGUGCAUGUCCCAUUACUUGAGGGUAACUAUUGAGUUGGAUGUUUUCCUCUUCUAUAUUUUUGCUAUGAAAACAUUUGUUUGGCUUAUUGCUGUUUAGAAAUGAUUGAUGUUAGUAGUGAUUAAAAUUAUGCUCACAAAGAUUCUCCUGUUAAUGAUCUUGGAAAAUUAAAGUUUUCUUCUUUUUUGCUAUUUCAACUUGACCUCACAGUUGUAUUUCUGUUUUUCCCACUUAUGUUGCAGAUGGAUUGGCAGACUGCCACAUUUGUAAGCAUGUAAGGCUCUCUUCGAUCAGAACUACUUGCAGUUAUAAAUAAAAACCCAUUUUGUUACAGCUGUAGUCCCGUAUGGGCUGUAGUAUGAUUCUUAAGAAGUCUUUUUAGGUCAAGACUUUUCCUUCGGGACGCCUUAAAACUGCGGCAAGCAGACCUAUAAGACCCAGUUUGCAGUAUGCACAAAUGCAGGCUCAUUGGCUGCAGGCGGGUUGACACAGUUCGCUGCCUCAUGCAGCUCUAGCGGGGGCUCGGAGCAUGUAGAGCCGGAAGGUGCUACUCUACUGUCCGACUGUUGAAUGCGUGCAGCCGGCUGAACGAAGAGCCUGAAACUAGACAGGAGAGCGGAGAAAUCGGACCACCGGUACGAGGUCAGAAAGAGAAAGGGGAAAGCUGCUUCAUCUUUUCUGGUGGAGGAUGGACACACGCCGGACCGCGGUCACUUCAGUCACCGAGGUCAGCAGCUCUUCCUCCGCCGGGUUGUGACUCUCCGGGCUCCGCGGAGGUGUUCGGUGGACGCCGCUGGCCAGGACAGCACAGGACGGUACGGACACUUAGCGGGCUGCAGCAAACUGUGUGCACCACCUUGCAGUGAAACCCCCUGGAGAAUAAAGCAUCUGGUAGCUCAGACUGAAAGAAAGAGCAGACUGGUACAGCGACAGUAGCGAGGAAUUAUUGACAGAUAGGCUACAACACAAGCUCACCAAGGCUUUACUGUACACCAAAAUGGGAAAAGAAGUGUCAGUCACCUUGUAAGAUGUUUCCUCACCACAGAGAAAGGGAGCAGCCGAUCUUCUGCUCCCGGGCCCAUGUUUUCCAGAUCGACCCCACCACCAAGAGGAACUGGAUCCCCGCCAGCAAACAUGCCGUCACCGUGUCCUUCUUCUAUGAUGCCAACCGUAACGUCUACCGCAUCAUCAGCGUGGGUGGGACCAAGGCAAUCAUCAACUGCACCGUAACACCCAGCAUGACGUUUACCAAGACGUCCCAGAAGUUCGGUCAGUGGGCGGACAGCAGGGCCAACACUGUGUACGGGCUUGGUUUUGCUACCGAGCAACAGCUGCACCAGUUCUCCGAGAAGUUUAAGGAGGUGAAAGAUGCAGCUCGUCUGGCACGGGAAAAGUCGCAGGACAAAGAACUGGCCAACACGGCGCUAAGCAUCGCUGCUCCUCAGUUUUCGCAGGACCUCUCGGACGAACUCCAGUCUCCGCCGGUGAUGUGCGUGAACGGACCCGAGGACAAGCUGUUCCGCAGCCAGAGCGCGGACAUCACGCUGUCUUCUGAAAAGGAGCGCAUUAAAAAGAUGCUCUCUGAAGGGUCUAUCUGUGAGAUGAACCUGGAAGCAGAGUUCUUCUCUCUGCAGGACAGCAACACCAAACUGGUGGCAGCUUUGCAUGAGGCUAAUGCUAAUGUGGAGCAGUGGAAGAAACAGCUGACAGCAUAUCAGGAGGAGACGGACAGACUCAGAGAGCAGGUGGCUGAGUUAGAAGCCCACGGAGGCCACGGCCCCAGUGAGCGGCUGAAGGAUGAGCUGACGCAGUCCCUGGAGGAGCUGGAGGCCCUGCUCAAGGCCAAAGAUGAGGAAAUCCACAUUUUGCAAAGCAAGAAAGUAGAGUACCACGAGAUGGAACAUGACAGGGAUGAGGCCAUUCACAGAUUACGGGAGACAGAGAUGCGUAAUGCAGAGUUGGAGCGCCGCAUCCAGAACACAGAGCAGAACCUGAAUAACUCUCUGGAGGAUCGGGAUCGCAUGGACUCUGAAGUCCAAAGGGCCAUCGAAAUUCUGGACAUCAAGAUCUUUGACCUUAACGAUCUUCGCCAGAGCCUGGUUAAACUCAUCGACAAAUAAUCCAACCCAAGAAGGAGAGAUGGAACAGAUGACGGAUUUGACUUCGUCGUGGCCAGUGCAGCGAGUGGGGGGUGGGGGAGGAGGGGGGAGAGGAGAAGAUGGAGCUAGACCGGUCCUCUUCAAGCACAAGAAGCAUCUUCUCAGCUGCAGGGAGAGUGCUCCAUGUCUGUGUUGCAGCAGUACUCUGCAACACACUGCAGGUGUUGGCCUAAAGCAACAGCACAUAAAUGCUUGUCCAGUCUAAUGUAACGCUUCAUGUUGCUUUCAAGGGGUAACACUUAAUGCAAUAAAAACCAACUUUAAGGUAAGUAUUUAACACGGCUAGACAUUUCAUAUUGAGAAUUGGUGCUUGUAGUUUUCCAUAAGUAUGACUUUUUGUACACCAAAUGGCGAUGCAGUGUCAGUAUGAGUGAUAAGAGGCCUUUGUUUUUCUCCUUUUCAACUGACAUGUUUAUAUUUAAACAUCUUUACAACAAAAUGAGACCAUGAAGUGAAUGCAAAUAAAAAAAAGAGCACAAGACAAAAUGACUUCUAAGGGAUUUGCCUAUUAAACAGCCUGCAUACAAUAUAAUUGUUACAGAAUUAACAGAUAACAAAGUUCCAUUUGUGCAGACAUAAACAUGUAUGGUCUCGUAGUUCCCCAUGCAUAAAGUAGCAGUGUGGUUCCAAAUAGUGCUUUUUUUCCAUAGGAAUAAGCAAUGAAACAGAUUAAAGGUCAGUAAAAAAAGUGCGCUAAGUGUUUUAUAUUUAAGUAAGGCAUGGUUACACAGCUUCCCCUUGAACAUUAGAUCUGAAUAUUGACACCAAAGAUCGAAUGUUAAGAGCAGAGUCGUCUAUAAGGUCUUUCAGCAACGUGGCCGUUACAUCUUCAUUUAAGCUCGUAAGAAACCUUUAAACCUAAGAUAUGUGACAGUAACUUGUAAGUAGAUAAGACACAAUAAAUAAUUACAUUUAGGGUAAAUAAGUAUUUUCCACAUUGAUAUAAAUCAAUAAUGCUACAGCUAUGAGGUAAACACAAGUAAAAUAAGUAAUCACUUAUCACAUAAGUUUAACUGGUCCCGUCUGAAUAAUCGUCUUGUGCAUCAUCUCUUUACAAACCACUGACUUAGUAAUGUAUCUACGCAUUCAAGGAAAUUUAAGACAUUUUCUGCCUUCUGUCAUAUUUCAGCACGUUACCUUUAGCUUUGGACAACAUGGCACACGCCUUGAGAGUGGAGCUGUACUGUAUGAAAUGUGAAUUUAUUUAAAAGCAAUGUCUACUUCACACAGACUGUAUUGUUUGACAUAGUCCAUAAUGAUAUGUUUGCAUUAUUUUGUCAAGCCUUAUUGUUGAUAGUUAUGCCAGCUGUGUCUCAAACUUUGAGCUGUUGUCAUGACAGUUUGGAAAUAAAAGCAAAGAAUGACAUCACUCGGUCAUUUUAAUGUA